CCAUAUUGACCUUAGAAGAGAGAGGCCAAAAAGCAGCCCUUCCUGUUUAAUGCUGCUACUCAUUAUUGUAGACAAAUAUAUAGGCUAGGAUUUGCACUUUUAGUGGAAUUAUUUAUUUUUGGUGUCCACAUAUGUUGUUUACUUAUUAAUUGUUGAUGACAAGCGAAACGGAUUAGACCACGGAAGAACCUUUGAUGCCCGUCAAUCCCGAAUUUCUUGUUGCCCAGACCCAGAAGGCCGGAACCCCAUCCAGCAAUUAUGGUUUCUGUUUCUGUUCUAAAAUAUCAGUAACUGAUCACUCCCAGUUCCAGUCGUUGUUCCUUCCCGUUUUCUUUAUCCUGCAAUCACUUGAUUGAUGUGACUCUGACUUCCUCUUCUACUAAACGAGCGAUCCACGGUUUCCUUUAUCACUCCAAUUCUCGUGAAGGCUGAAAACCAAUCAUGAUGCAAGUCGAAAUCCAGUCAAUGAACCACGGAGCAGGCUUGGAUCAACGGGCUUCUAGAGCCAUGGGCCAAGAAAACCUUGCCAAGUCCCCGGACCACCAAUCUCAACAACUCCCUAUCACGAUCAACAACCCAAAAACACCAAAACAGUUAAGUCUUAUCCCUCUCAUCUUCCUCAUCUAUUUUGAAGUUGCUGGCGGCCCCUUUGGCGAAGAGCCAGCAGUCCAAGCUGCAGGCCCCCUCUUGGCCCUUCUGGGGUUCCUCCUGUUUCCUUUUAUCUGGAGUAUCCCUGAAGCUCUCAUCACAGCGGAGCUUUCUACUGCUUUUCCUGGCAAUGGAGGCUUUGUUAUUUGGGCUGAACGUGCUUUUGGUCCAUUCUUUGGCUCGCUGAUGGGAUCUUGGAAAUUCUUGAGUGGUGUCAUUAACAUCGCGGCUUUUCCAGUUCUGUGCGUAGACUAUCUGGAGAAGAUUAUUCAUCCUUUGGAGUCAGGCUGGCCUCGGCACAUCUCUAUUUUGAUUUCAACGAUGGUAUUAUCUUUUGUAAACUAUACUGGAUUAACUAUUGUUGGUUGGGCUGCUGUUUUGCUAGGUGUUGUUUCGCUUUUGCCUUUCAUUAUAAUGUCUCUCAUAGCAAUCCCCAAGAUCCAGCCCCAUAGAUGGCUCAGUUUAGGUCAGAAAGGUGUGAAAAGAGAUUGGAAUCUGUUUUUCAAUACCCUUUUCUGGAAUUUGAACUUUUGGGACAAUGUUAGUACUCUUGCCGGAGAAGUAGAUAAGCCCCAGAAGACGUUUCCUUGUGCUCUUCUUGUGGCAGUGAUUUUCACUUGCAUAGCCUACCUGGUUCCACUCUUUGCGGUCAUCGGGGCUGUUUCUGUUGAUCAAAGUGCUUGGAAGGCUGGAUUUCAUGCUGACGCUGCAGAGAUGAUUGCAGGGAAGUGGCUAAAAUUCUGGAUUGAAGUGGGUGCUGUGUUGUCAGCAAUUGGUUUAUUUGAAGCUCAAUUAAGCAGCUGUGCGUAUCAACUCGAGGGUAUGGCAAAUUUAGCCAUUUUGCCCAAAUUUUUUAGUAGCAGAUCCAAAUGGUUCAAUACUCCUUGGGUGGGGAUACUGCUUUCAACUUUGAUCACAAUUGGUAUGUCAAAUAUGAAUUUCACAGAUAUCAUAUCAUCAGCAAAUUUCUUGUACAGUUUGGGAAUGCUCCUGGAAUUUUCAUCUUUUAUUUGGUUGAGGAGAAAGCUGCCUGAAAUAAAAAGACCUUACAGGGUUCCUCUGAGGAUUCCAGGACUGGUUGUCAUGUGCUUGAUACCAUCAGCAUUCCUUGUAGUUAUUAUGGUUUUUGCCACUAAAAUUGUGUAUUUGGUUAGUGGACUGACAACUGUGGGCGCCAUUGGAUGGUACUUUCUGAUGAACUUUUGCAGGAAAAAGAAGGUAUUAAAGUACAACAUUGUUGAAGGUGAAGAAAGAUGAUCAAGAUAGAACUCACCAAGGGAAAUGCAUAAGGAAAUGACACAUCAAGUCUUUUUUAUCAGCAAACAAUCAAUAUAAUUAAAGUGGGACAUUUGGUGCGGCCAAACAUUUGAUUCACAUGUGUGUACAUUUGAUUAAAUGAUAAGACAUGUAUCUACCGCUCAAAGUACCGGAUUUUGUCUCCCCUCUCCCAAAAAAUAAAAAAAGAAAAAGAGUGAGGCAUUUGCCUUUAAGUUUGUGAGGGAUCAGUAGUGUAUGAAAAAUAAGCUUGUUAAAUGCCUAGUACAUGGAAUCCUGCUUCUUUACCCAUUUCAGUCUUUUGCUGUGUUUUAAUCCACUCUUAUGGAGACUUUCUUAACUGAGGGAAGGUAAAAAAAAAAUAAAA